AUGGACUAUCGUGCCUUGAACAAGGCGACAGUGAAGAACAAGUAUCAUGUUCCAAACACGGCUGACUUGUUUGAUAGGUUGUCGAAAGCUACAUACUUCACAACGUUGGACUUGCACUCAGGUUAUUGGCAAGUGCGCAUUGUGGAGGGAGAUAAACCAAAAACUGCUUGUGUAACCAAAUAUGGCUCAUAUGAAUUUCUUGUAAUGUUGUUUGGGUUAACCAAUUCCCCUGCUACUUUCUACAAUUUAAUGAAUGAUAUCCUUUAUGAGUAUUUGGACUGGUUUGUUAUGGUUUACUUGAAUGAUAUUGUGGUGUACAGUGACUCGUUGAAGAGCUACUUGAAACCUAUUAGAGUUGUUUUCUCACGGCUUAGGAAAUAUCAACUCUAUGUCAAAAAAGAGAAAUGUGAAUUAUGCUGCCAAUAUAUAAUGUUAUUUGGUGAGGAAAGACAAGAUACACAUAGAUGGGAAGAAGGUUCAAGCCAUCCUUGA